GAGACUUGACAGCAUGAGAGAUUAGGACAAUUGCCAACCAGUUGUUUGUAUCCGCUACGAAAUGCGAUAACAUAAUGACCGGGGUCUUCCAAAGUGGUAUGCUGCUGAUGCUUCUUUUGGCAAUACUAGCAAGUCUGCUCCAAACCUCGGAUGCUAGCAAAACAAGGCUGACCUGGAUCAAUGGCAUCGGCUACAGUGAGUUGCACAUGCAGGAAGGACAGGAGGAAAUUUCGAAAUUUUUCGGGGGAAAGCCAGUCAUGUACUGCCAUAAUCCCACGGGAAUGGCGAAUGAAGACGACAUGAUAGGAUAUGUCACCGACUUGACACAAGCCGGGGCACAAAAGCUUGGUCGAAUAACCGCGGAAGUCAAAACUCUCGUCCAACACUUGAAGGAUUCAGUGGCUGCAGUGGGCAAGAACGGCAAAGUCAUUCAUAUUGCGCAUUCACAGGGUGUUCUUAUAACGUAUCUAGCAACCAAGCAAUUGACGGCUGUGGAAAUGGGGCAAAUUGAAGUCUUGGCAUUUGGCGGAGCCGCCGCUUUGCUAAAGACACCCCGGACACCUUUCCACCGUUGCGUUAAUUACUAUUCUGUCAACGAUCCUCUAUUGUUGCUCGUUCCAGAAGCAGCCCGGGCACUUCGAACCGGUUUUGUGGGCAACAACGAGUUCUGCUUCCUUGCACCCCGGAUUGGCGACCCAGUUCAGGACCACCAUUUGCUAAAUCCUACGUACGCGCAAGCCUUAAAAUGGGAAGGCCUUCGAUUCCAACGAAGCUACCAAACGGUUAUCUAUCGUACUACUCGUCACCUCUACCUUCUUCUUAUUGCUGUUUGGCAGGCGGUGACUGCUCGGCUUCACGAGCUUUUCAAAUCGGUUGUCCGUCCGUACGUGCUCUGGUCUAUCACAUGUUAUUUAAGGGCGCAAUCAAUUUGGGAAAUAUGGACCGCAGUGCUGUACACCAAACUAAUAAAGCCGAUCAUUUUGAUUGCCGCUCUGCUUUGGGAAUGGUUUCGGGAAACAAUUCGGCUUUUGCGCGGAGAGGAUCGAUUCACGCCGGUAUCUGUGGAACUGUUGGAGACAAAGUGACGUCUAGGCAUAAUGAAAUGAUUACGAGUCGCUGCGAAGCGGAGCGUAGUGCUAGGCGUUGACACGCCCGAGAUCUACACACGUCAUGCCAUUCAGAUACCUUGAGGUUUUCGUAGCGAGGACUUGAUCCGUAAGGACAAGGAAAACGAGGGAGCAUGAGAGCAAGGUGACCGAAUUGACAGAGAUUAACAAUGCUGCAAAGCUUGUGCCAACGAAGCAUGAUGAAAGGGGAAAUAGUCCGUUGGUCUAUUACUAGAGUCCAAUGGAAGUUUUCACGAAUACCAUGAUCAAGCUAAUAUUUUGUAAUGAUCUCUGAUUUGU